UUUAGUAGUUGUCCAUCGAGUGUCUAAAAAAAUAGCAUAAAUUAAUGCGUGUGAGUAAAAUGGAAUUUUUAUGUGAGCUUCGUUUCGUUCUUGUGACGAUUUUGACAGCUGGCUGACGUCGCUUUGUCCCAGACGAGCCAGAAGUCAGUCACGCUAACCUGCUAAACUUAGCCAAAGUUGGCGUUUGACGUAACCGGUUGGGUACAAGUUCAAAUUGAAUGGGAAGUGAAUUAAAUAUUGGCAAUAUGACACACAGGGACAAUGUAAUCACCCGAGUACGCGACGUAUUCAUCACGGCAGGUGCAACAGCAACUUGUCAUUCCUCACCAGAUUCUUAAAUGUUGUCGAAAUGUUUUCUUCAAUUCCUCAAUGAUGUUCAUACAAUUCAUCCAUAAAACGCAUAUCAGUACUUGUAUGGAUUUGAUAACUACAAAUAGUAAUCAAAUUGCCAUAGAAUGAACCCCCGCCGUUUCACGGCUCAGUAUUCACAUAAAAGACAAUGUUUCUUGCAUUUAAAAGCACUUGUGUUUAUAGUUUAUUCUUUUUCUAAAGUGUAACCCGUGCUGUAUGAAUGAUUGAAACACAAGCAUGCCUUUGUAGUUGGAACCACAUGUUUCUGUAAUUUUAAUGCAACAAAAGAGAUCAAAGAAAAGGUUAAAAGCGAACUUGUCAGAUAAAGUUUCCACAAGAUGACACCAAAACCUUGCUUCUAAGCCUCUACUUACAAAAUCAAUUGGUUCUGGAAUAGGCCGGUAUGAGAUUCUGACGAUAUGAUAACCUUUUAAACCAAAAUAUCACUCUUUCAAGGUAUUGCAAUUAAAGCUCUAAAAUGUGUUACUUUGAGAUAUCUGGGUUAAAAGAUAGAUUUUUUUUAAAAAUCCAUUGAACAGGAUUUUUUAAUUUUCAAAACAUAUUAGCAAAUUGGAAUAUAAAUAUAAUGUUAAGAUAAAAUAAAUUUAAAAAAUAAAAAAUAACUGAAAUAUGGCGGAAAACUCGGACAAGGCUGAAAAAGCAGUUUCUGCUCUUGCACCCCUCUUAAAAAUAAACUGCUGUAUUUUAAGCCAAAAGAACUGUUGUAUAUGUCUAUAUACUGCCGUAGCAGUUUCAUGGCGCAUUAAGCCCCCAAACUAUUUUUAAUUUGUCCGUUUUACCCUUGAGACCCCCGUUUACAGACACCGCGCAACCGCUUUUGUUUCAACCCAGCCAUGAAAAGAAGAUUGGGAGAGCAGUGCUACAGAGAUGCCAUGGAGCAAUGCCAUAACUACAACGCUCGUCUGUGUGCGGAGAGGAGCGUACGCAUGCCCUUCCUCGACUCUCAAACGGGUGUGGCUCAGAGCAACUGCUACAUCUGGAUGGAGAAGAGGCACAGAGGGCCUGGGAGGGCUCCGGGGCAGCUCUACACAUACCCUUCCAGAAGGUGGAGGAAGAAGAGACGAUCCCAUCCUUCCGAGGACCCCAGGCUCGUCUUUCCUCCGGUCAAGUCAGAGGUGGACUUUGGACUGAAGAAGGAUGCCAUCUUGUCGUCUGACGGCAGCAGCCUGGAGGCCUUGCUUAAAGGCGACUCUCUAGAGAAACGCACACCCGCCGAUUUCCGGGCAUCUGAGGAAGACUCCAAUCUCAGCGACUACACCGCCAGCUUAAACCCUUCCACGCGCAUCAGAAAAAAAAUCCUGGAGCCCGACAGCUUUCUCGAUGACUUGGAUGACGAAGACUAUGAGGAAGACACGCCAAAGAGAAGAGGCAAAGGGAAGGGAAAGGGUCGCGGUGUGGGCGGCGGCAGGAGGAAGCUGGACUCGGCAGCGAUAGAGGAACGUGACAAGCCGUACGCUUGCGACAACACUAUCAAACAAAAGCAUAUUUCCAAACCUUCUGAAAAAGUCUGCGGCAAACGUUACAAAAACCGCCCCGGCCUGAGCUACCACUAUACCCACUCGCACCUGGCGGACGAGGAGGGCGAUGACAGGGAGGAGAUGGAGGUCAGCGAGCCACCGCCGCUGCCGCCUGAGGUUCCUAAAACUCCUAAGAAAGGCCCGGAUGGGUUGGCCCUGCCCAACAAGUAUUGCGACUUCUGCUUGGGAGACACCAGAACCAACCACAAGACAGGCCAAUCCGAAGAACUGGUAUCCUGUUCUGACUGCGGACGCUCGGGCCACCCGUCCUGCCUGCAGUUCACACCCAUCAUGAUGGCCGCCGUCAAGACUUACCGCUGGCAGUGCAUCGAAUGCAAGUGCUGUAACAUGUGCGGCACCUCGGAGAACGACGACCAGCUGCUCUUCUGUGACGACUGCGACCGAGGUUACCAUAUGUACUGCCUCAAGCCGCCCAUGGCUGAACCCCCAGAGGGGAGCUGGAGCUGUCACCUGUGCGUGGACCUCCUCAAAGACAAAGCGUCCAUCUACCAGAAGCAGGACGCGCCACCCUCGUGAUGGCCGCUGUUUCUCCGCACGACCAGGGAGGCUGCUAUCGGUCCAAAGGGAAAGUAGAGUCCAGCGCGUGCCACCACGCCGACCUCACGUCUUCGCGCGUGACUGUUCCGCUCUCCGUUUGCGUUCGGCGAGACCCACAAGCAGAACUCUCACUUGCUGGAAUCGAGUAGCGUGCCGGGUGAGGAGGAUCGUUUUUUUACAACUUCAUUUCCAAAGUAUGUCUAAUCCCAGUACACUUUAGUGAACAUCAAGCAAAGUUCAUUUAAAUUCAGGAGACCUUUCACAUCCCAAAAGAUGGUUUGUCGCAACACUGCUCACUAAAAAUUAGAAGUAUCCUACUCAUGCGCAUUGAUGAUCUGCACUACUGUUCCAAAGUUGUUUUACAAAGAAAAGUUUAACCCAUUAAGAUAUCUGCCAUCUUUUGGUGGAAAGUAGUAUCUACACGAGGCACCAUAUUUGCAGCUCUGGCUUGUUAGAAGUUUAAAUGGUUAACAACAGACCAGGCAUGUGCCAGUAUAAGAUUUUGAUGGUAUGAUACCCCUCAGCAAAAAUAACGUAGUUUCACGGUAUUGCAAUUAUAGUUCUAAAAUGUGUUAUUUUGAGAUGUAUGGGUUAAAAAAAAAAAAAUCAUUGAACAGGAUUUUUUAUUUUUCAGAACAUUUUUACAAAUUAAACCUUAUGUAAUUAUUCCAAUUUUGUUGUUUUAUCACAAUAGAUUGGUUUAUUUACAUUUCAAAACCCAGAAGCCAUUCAUUUACAAAUGUCAUUGCACUUAAGUUAACAUAUUUAAAUGUUCAGAUAUUAAGAUUUGAAUGAGGCAAAAUAACAUGCUUUUUCUCUCAAAUAUAUUGUUAUAAUUAGGGUUGUUCCGAUCAUGUUUUUUCGCUCCCGAUCCGAUCCCGAUCGUUUUAGUUUGAGUAUCUGCCUAUCCCGAUAAUUCCCGAUCCGAUUGCUUUUUUUUUGCUCCCGGUUCAAUUCCAAUCAUUCCCGAUAAUUUUUCCCGAUCAUAUACAUUUUGGCAAUGCAUUAAGAAAAACAUGAAUAAAACUCGGACGAAUAUAUACAUUCAACAUACAGUACAUAAGUACUGUAUUUGUUUAUUAUGUCUCCUUGUGCCCUGCAAUUGGUUGGCAACCAGUUCAGGGUGUCCCCUGCCUACUGCCCGUAGUUAGCUGGGAUAGGCUCCAGCACCUCCGCGACCCUCGUGAGGAAAAGUGGCAUGGAAAAUGAAUGAAUGAAUGAAUGACAAUAAAUCCUCAAGAUGGCAUUUACAUUAUUAACAUUUUUUCUGUGAGAGGGAUCCAUGGAUAGAAAGACUUGUAAUUUUUAAAGGAUAAAUGUGACUUUGUUUAUUGUGACUAAAUAUUGCCAUCUAGUGUAUUUGUUGAGCUUUCAGUAAACGAUACUGUAGCCAUUUAACUGUUCUGCCCAAAUGCAUGAUGGGAAGUGCAACCAUGACUGUGCGUGGUGGUACCAAUUGAUAUAGCUUCUCUGCGUUGGGAAAUAACAUAGGAUGUUAAGUAAAAGAUCAAUUACUACCUUUCUUCCCCACAUUGCUUCCCACGAUACUUUUAAUUGUAGGGAGAGGGAUUGUAAGGCUUUAGCCAAGUAAAUAAAGGCUCUAAAGGCUGCCAAAAUUCACUUUACUCAUUUUACGCUGCCUUUUAGCUCUAUAUAUUAGUAAAAUGGCACCAUUACAGAUCGAACGCGACAAUGCGUGAGUGGGUCGUGCAGCGCAUGCAUUAAUUGCGUUAAAUAUCUUAACGUGAUAAAAAACAUUUUAAAUUAAUUACCGCCGUUAACGGGAUAAAUUUGAUAACCCUACCUUAAGCCUAAACUAAAGACUCUGGAUGAGUGUAAUAUAUUAUGUCUGUAACGUUAAAUACAAUUAAACGAUUUAAUUUAAAAAAAUAUAUAUAUAUAUAUAUCAAAAAAGGCAUGUCCGAUUUUUUUUUUUGCCGAUUCUGAUACUUUGAAAAUGACGUGAUCGGACCCGAUCGAUUGGAGAUGGGCACAUCUCUAGUUAUAAUCGUUUGUUUCAGAUGUACUGUAAUUAUUUUCUGUAUAAAAAUUAAUUUGGUGUUCAAAAAGUCUUUUUUUAAACUUGAGUCUUUAAAAAGAGGGGGUCGUCUUAUAAUCUUAUAUUCGGGCCAAUCCGGUACUCCCGUACAAGCGAUUUUUUUUUUUUUUUUUUUUUGAGGAAAAAGCUCACCACCUUCAGCCAUUGGUUCAACUUUAGUCUAUAGCAGAUUAGCUUCACUGAUGGGCAUAGCAACAACCGGAGGGGUAGGGGUGGGUGCCCCCGCUCCAUUUAUCGCUGCAUUUUUGGGGACAUAAAAAAUAGCUAAUACCGUACUACGAUGUGACAGAAAAUUUUAGUGGUUUUGAAACCGUGACGUUUUAGUACCACGGUAAAACUUGAAACCGGUAACCGGCACAUGCCUACAACAGAUGUUGCGACAAACUUUGGAACAGUAGUGUACACACACUCCCACUCGCACAAAACAAUUCAUUGUAAGGGCUGUGUCAAAGUUUCUAUGCUUGCAAAGAUGAAAUGAUCAUGGAGAUGUUUAAAAAGUUUAAAAAUGUUUUUAUUGUAUUGAUAGCGAGCCACUUUUAAGAAAUAUUUGGCCCUUUAUGUGAAGUAGUUGCGGGAUGAAGUCCUCUAAGGUUCAGACUAAAUUUAUAUUUAAAAAAUAUAUAUAUAUAUCUUGCAAUACGCAAAAAAAAUCUUUAAAUGUUAUGAGCUGUUGUGGGUUGAAGGAUUUUAGGAACACGCACACAGCUUCUUCCAAUAAACUCAAACGUUAAGGUCUUCUUUGCUGUGUUGUAGCAGUUAGCACCCCUUUCUAUAUUUAUCCUACAUUGCAGCACCACGUGGUUCUUUUGUAGUCAUCAUCUGCAGCCUCUUAAGAGGUGAUUUGCUGCUAUAGGAUGCACAGUUGGAGCUUGUUAAAGAAUUGUGAGCAGCUCCAAAACUAUUGGCUUUGGAUUUUUUUUUUAUUCUAAGUAUGAUCACUGUAGGCCGCUUCUCGCGGGCUGGUUAAUGAAAUGUCCCAAUGUACUUUUCACUGUAGGAAAAUAAAAAAUACAAAGGACAGUGUUUGUGUCCUCGUGUUGCUUAACGAAGCAUCCAAUCUAAUUAAGAGUUGCGUUAUUACCCGUUCUUUGAAUCACAGAAACAAAUAUUGUCGCAGUAUUUUAUUGCACUCAGGAUAUAAGUCUAUAAUCAAAUGCCUAAUAAAAAUUGUAAUCUAUCACAUUUGAAGAUAAACUUCACAUUGCCGUCGAACAGCAGUUAAACAUUCAAUCCUCGGUUUCCAAUUGAUUUGCGCUCCCUUUCACAAAACUAUUGCGUGUCAAAAGAUUUUCUACACACAAACAUAUGCAGGAAUUAAUCUUACGAUCUAAUUUCAACAUCAAAAAAACAAGCACAUAACUCAGUCCCAGACAGAUUCACAUUGCUACAAAUCUAAGUAGAUUCAACAUUUACAAAAAGUCAGAAUUAUACAUCCAUUUGGAAAUUAAAUCACUUGGGUGGAACAUUUAAGACUUAAGAUAUAUUUAGAUUUUUUUUUUUUACCAAUUGCGGGAACUUACCUUAAAAAUAUUUGUUUCCUUUACGAUAAAAGGAGCAGCAUGAAUAUUAUUGCAUUUCAUAUAAGCAUGAAGUACCUGUGAAGGGUUGUGCUUAACAACUAAAAUAUUCCACCAAAGUGAAUUAAGAAAACAUCAUUUUCGUACCACAAUGUGACAAUUUCAACUAACCUAAACUCAUCAAAGCUGGUGAAACUCUUUAAAUAUACCUACGUGAAGUUGGCCCCUCGUCAGAUGCAAAUUUACAUAAAAAAUCGUUUGUGCUGCAAAGGUUUUGUAGAUACAGGUAGUCCCCGGGUUACGAAUCAUUUCUACCCGAAUUUCCACUUAAGUCGGAAUUAACCCUUUAAGUGCCCCUACAUCUCAAAAUAACUAUUCAAAAACAUGUAUUAUACGUCACUGCACUGUCCUCGCCAAGUGCUAUCUAGACAGCGAGCUAAGCUUCGAAAUGAUGAUGUCAGACGUCCGUGUGGUUUGCUGACUUUAUUCAGCUGCUCAUGACAUAAACAAUUGCAGAAUGAAACUAAAAUGAAAUAAAUCAGUCUCAUCUUCAAUAACAACGAUUCAAAUUUGCGUUUACAAGUAGCUGCUGUUACAGCAAUAACAAACGCUUAGCAUGUAUCAGUUAGCGUCCGCACAUCAUCAAAAACAAUCACAAUGUGUGGGAUGGGUGGUGUGUAAAUGCUCUCGCGUGCGGAAGUACAACCUGUUCUACUCUUCCUGCAUCAAAAUAAAAGCAUGCAUCACGAAACAAAAGUCAACAUUAAAAAAAAAAAAAAAAAAUGAGACAAGCGUCGUAAAGUUGAAAUCACAUGCAGUGCCCUCCAUAAUUAUUAGCACCCCUGGUUAAGAUGCGUUUUUUUAGCGUCUAAUAAUUUUUUUUUAUUCAAAUAAUAUGGUACCUUAAUGGAGAAAAAGAGAAAAAUCCAACCUUCAAUACAAGUGCAUUUAUUCAGUGGGGAAAAAAUCCCACAUAAAGAAAUAGUUAUUUGACAUCAAAUAAUGUGUGUCACAAUUAUUAGCACUACUGGUGUUAAUACUUUGUACAGCCCCCUUUUGCCAACAAAACAAGGUCUGGGGACUGAGAUGGCCAUGGGAGGAGCUUGAUUUUGUGUCUGGUGAACCAUUUCUGUGUAGAUUUGGCCAUAUGUUUAGGGUCAUUGUCUUGCUGAAAGACCCAGACCCAUCUUCAGCUUUCGGGCAGAGGGCAACAGAUUUUGAUAUAAAAUGUCUUGGUAUUUCAAAGCAUUCAUGAUGCCACGCACCCUAACAAGGUUCCCAGGACCUUUGGAAGCGAAACAACCCCACAGCAUCACUGACCCACCCCCAUACUUCACAGUGGGUAUGAGGUGCUUUUCAGCAUGCACAUCUUUCGUGGCACGCCAGACCCACUUAGUGUUUGUUGCCAAAAAGCUCAAUGUUGGUCUCAUCUGACCAAAGCACACGGUCCCAGGCUUCAACUGGCUUCAACAAACACUCUAAGUGGGUCUGGCGUGCCACGAAAGAUGCGGCUAGGCCCCUCCAGGACCUUAAGAUGCUUCUUACGGAGCCACUCUUUAAUUGCCUUGGCUGUGUGCUUUGGGUCGUUGUCAUGCUGGAAGACCCAGCCACGACCCAUCUUCAGGGCUCUCACUGAAGGAAGGAGGUUGUCAGCCAAGAUCUGGCGAUACAUAGCCCCACCCAUCUUCCCCUCAAUACGGUGCAGUCGUCCUGUACCCUUGGCAGAGAAGCAGCCCCAAAAAAAUGAUGUUUCCACCUCCAUGUUUCACGGUUGGGAUGGUGUUCUUGGGGUUGUACUCAUCCUUCUUUUUCCUCCAAACAUGACGAGCCGAGUUUAGACCAAAAAGUUCAUUUUUGGUCUCAUCCGACCACAUGACCUUCUCCUGUUGCUCUGGAUCAUCCAGAUGGUCAGUGGCAAACUUCAGACGUGGCUGGACAUGCACUGGCUUCAGCAGGGGGACCUUGCAUGCGCUGUAGGAUUUUAAUCCAUGACGGCGUAAUGCGUUUCCGAUGGUUUUCUUCGAGACUGUGGUUCCAGCUCUCUUCAGGUCAUUGACCAGGUCCUGCCGUGUAGUUCUGGACUGAUCCCUCACCUUCCUCAUGAUCAGUGAUGCCCCACGAGGUGAGAUCUUGCAUGGAGCCCCAGAACGAGGCAGAUUGACCGUCAGCUUGAACUUCUUCCAUUUUCUAAUAAUCGCUCCAACAGUUGUUACCUUCUCACCAAGCUGCUUGCUUAUUUUCCUGUAGCCCAUCCCAGCCUUGUGCAGGUCUAUUAUUUUAUCCCUGAUGUCGUUACACAGCUCUUUGGUCUUGGCCAUUGUGGAGAGGUUGGAGUUUGUUUGUCUGAACAUGUGAACAGGUGUCUUUUAUACAGGUAACAAGUUCAAACAGGUGCCAUUACUUCCGGUAAUGAGUGGAGAACAGGAGGGGUUCUAAGAGCCGAAAUAUUUACUAGUUGGUAAUGUAUCAAAUACUUAUUUCAUGCAGUUAAAUACAAAUUUAUUAUUUAAAAAUUAUACAAUGUGAUUUUCUGGAUUUUUGUAUUACAUUCCAUCCCUCACAGUUGAAGAGAACUUAUGAUACAAAUUACAGACCUCUACAUGGCUUGCAUAUGGGAAAACCAGCAAAAUCGGCAGUGUAUCAAAUACGUGUUCUCCCCACUGUAACUUUUAAGUGAUGUGUAUUAUCAAGCGUAAUGACAUUUAUAGGUAAGAAAUAUUUUAUAAGAUCUAAGUUUUUUUAAGUGAAAACAGUGAACUAGUCCUUUUUUUAGUCACUUUGAGAUGCAAUUAGGUUGUUGGCUGUUUUCAACAAUGUACAUUGAAAAUAAAGACAUUGAUUGAAAAUGGUUCAAUAUUAGAUGAAAUGUCUUGUUUUCUCAUCUAUAUAAUUGCUCUUUACCUACAAAAAAAAAUGUUUUAUCCGCUUACUCGAUUACUAAAAUAUUCGAUAGCUGCAGCGCUAGCAAAUAUGAAAUUUGUCGUAUUCUUGGAGCUUCACCAUGUAAACGGGCCCUUAUUUUGUUGGAAUGAAAUCCAGCACCCACUGCCGCCCUAUGUGGAAUUGUUUGGAGACACCUGGCAUAGAUUACUAAAACUUUGUGGUGUUAAAGGGGAAGUUCGGAAUUUUUGACAUCAGGCUUAGUCUUCGAUUUGGGG